CGGUGAUUCGCCUGUUGAAGAGGAGCCUGGCUCACGAGCGUUGCAGCUAAUGGUUCGCCUCGGACGGCCUUUCGACGCAUUUUUGCUAGCGCAACAGCGUGUUGGAGAAUACAAGAGGAUCGCGUCGGACUAUAACAUCAUUGCACAAGUCAAAGACAUUGCAUCGGUUGAUAGCAUGGACGUUGGUGCCGUAGAAAUACUCUAGCUAAUAGCUAUCUACAGGCAUCGGGUACUAUCACGUCACUGCGCAUUCAUAAUUCUCUCUACAGUUCUUUCCUUUCUACCAUGGCGACUUCUGCUUCGUUCCCUGGCGUUAUUGGUCUUCAGAAUGGAAGCAGAUAUCAAAAUGAUAAGAAAUCUCAUUUUCACGCCUGUUACAUUCAUUGAGCAAUUCCAGAGUCUUCCGUCAUCAGCCCCGGAUCUGCAAGAAAUUCGUU